AUCGCCCCAUAGACCCACGUGACUAGAACGUAGCACUCCACAGCCCUGACAGGUGUUUUUCCCCCAGAGUUAUGCGGAACUUGUAAGUCUCGAUCGGCGUGUGUUUGUUCCUUUGUUGAGGAGUCAGCCCACUCGAGAUUCAAAGCAGAGGAAGGCGGAUGUCAAGUGUUCAAACAAGCAGAACUACAACAAGUGCACUCAUCAUGGACGCAACGGCAGUGUCCUCUCGUUCGUCUCGAGCCCUCCUUUAAGACCUCCUGUUGGCUUCGUUCUUUCCCUUUUGAUAUUCAACCUCUCUAGUGGCAGGGAUGAAGUUUUACGGCCGUAUCCAGCUCCGAAUCGGGGAAGCGUUGGACCUGAAACCGACCACUUUCUCCCGGCGCCACUCCAGGAUUUUCAUGAAGAACGCCUCGACGAACAUGGACCCAUACAUUGUCCUUAAAGUGGACGAUGUCAAAGUGGGUCAAACUCACACCAAACAAAAAACCAACUCUCCGACCUACAAUGAGGACUUUUUCUUCCCCGUGCAAGACGGACAACACGUCGAGCUGGCUGUUUUCCACGAAACCCCUAUCGGAUACGACGACUUUGUGGCGAAUUGCACCAUCCGCUUUGUGGACCUCAUCACGAAAGCCAACACUGACAAGUUCGACGAGGGAUGGAAGGACUUGGAGCCCGAAGGCCGCAUUUACGUCCUUAUUAAGCUGAACGGAUCCUUCAUAGAUGAUGAGGCCAUCGUGAUGCCGGUAAACCACAAGAAGUUUAGCAGGAAGCGUCAGGGGGCCGUGAGACGGAAAGUCCACCAGGUUAACGGGCACAAGUUCAUGUCCACUUUUCUUCGCCAGCCCACCUUCUGUUUUCACUGCAAAGAAUUCAUCUGGGGUGUUUUUGGAAAGCAGGGCUACCAGUGCCAAGUGUGUACAUGUGUGGUUCACAAGCGAUGCCACAAACAAGUUGUCACUGUGUGUCCACGCAUGAAGGGGUCAGAGUACGUCAGCUCAGGCUUCAGCAUCAACAUUCCUCACCAGUUCCAUAUUCACAACUACAAGUCACCCACUUUCUGUAACCACUGUGGAUCGCUCCUAUGGGGAUUUGUCCGGCAGGGCCUACACUGCAAGAUCUGUAAACUCAAUGUUCACCAUCGAUGUGAAGGCAACGUUGCACAGAACUGCGGCGUCAACACCGUGCAGCUGGCCAAUACGCUGGCAGAGAUGGGUAUACAUGCCGCCGAGCUCUCCGAAAGAAACACCUCAAGAUUUGGUUCAGGUAAAACCAAGAUGCCCUCUGAAAGGAAGAGGAGUGUGAAAAGUCAGCCAGAGAUGCCUCAAUAUGGAAUCUCAGACUUCACAUUUCUUCAAGUGCUAGGCAAGGGGAGCUUCGGCAAGGUGCUGCUUGCCAGACUCAACAACAGAGAUCGGGUUUUUGCAGUCAAGGUGCUGAAAAAAGACAUCAUCUUGCAGGACGAUGACGUGGAGUGUACCAUGACUGAAAAGAGGGUGCUGACACUGGCCAGCGUUCACCCGUACCUCACUCGGCUCUACUGCUGCUUCCAGACACAGGACCGUCUGUUCUUCGUGAUGGAGUUUGUCAAUGGUGGGGAUCUGAUGUUCCACAUUCAGAAGUCCAGAAGAUUUGAUGAGUUCCGGGCAUGUUUCUACACCGCGGAGAUCACCUCGGCUCUCAUGUUCCUGCAUGACAAAGGCAUCAUCUAUCGGGAUCUCAAGCUGGAUAAUGUUCUCCUUGACAAGGACGGCCACUGUAAACUGGCAGACUUUGGCAUGUGUAAAGAAGGCAUAUUUGAAGGCAUCGGAGCGAGAACCUUCUGCGGUACUCCUGAUUACAUUGCCCCAGAGAUCCUUCAGGAAAUGGUGUACGGCGCCUCUGUUGAUUGGUGGGCGCUCGGAGUGCUACUGUACGAGAUGCUGCAAGGCCACGCGCCCUUUGAGGCCGAAAAUGAAGAUGACCUCUUUGAGGCCAUCCUCCAUGAAGAGAUUGCUUAUGCCGCUUGGCUCAGUGUCGAGUCCGUGAAUAUCCUCAAAGCUCUCCUGACCAAAAACCCACUCCAGCGCCUGGGUUGUGUGCCAUCGGAGGGUGGCGAAAUUGCUGUGACCAGCCAUGCCUUUUUCAGAAACAUUGACUGGGAGAUGCUGAAUCGUAGAGCCAUCGAGCCACCUUUCAAGCCCAAGAUCAAAACACCAGAAGACGUCAACAACUUUGACCCGGACUUUACGAGAGAAGAGCCCACCCUCACGCCAAUCGAUGACUCCUCUCUGUCCUCCAACAAUCAGGAUGAGUUUGAAGACUUUUCAUACACUUCACCCGAAAUGCUGGAAAACUAAGAGCGUCUGUGCUGAUUUGCUAAUCAGCCUGUGCUCUCUGUCUAUGUCCAAGAUGGUCUAUGUCCAAGACAGUUUACAGUAUGACUCUGUUACAUUCCCCACAGGCAUGAGAGCGUAAAAUAGAUUGGAGUCAGUCAGACACGGGACACGCUUCUCAAAUGACAUUUUGCUUGGACUGACUACAAUAUGUCGUGAUGGACUUGAACAUUUUUUUUUUGGCCAAACUUUAUGUAUGUAGUUUUCUACCGUUGGAAUAGCUCAUAUUAUGGUUGACUUGGUACUUCAUCUCUUUUUUUACUUCCAGCAAUUUACUGAAUGACAAACUGGCUGAGUGUGUAGAAUCAUUUAUUUCCUGUGACACACACCACCCUGGGGGCGAUUUUUUUUUCCCCCCACUAAGCCACUCCCACUAGAUAAAUAAAAAUAAAAUCUUGUAUUGAAGAAUGAAGCUUAAAGUUGGCACUCUAUACGGUGCAAGUGGGAAGAUAUUAUGUUGUUAAAUGUAGACUGAGACAGUAUUUGUUUUUGUUUUUCUUAUCAGUCACAGUCUAGCGAACUCAUGUCACCCCUCCAAACUCUACCGAUCAUGUUGAGGAUGAUGCAAGAUUUCAUUUGUGGUAAAAGCUCAUGUGAGUCAUUCUACAACCUCUGAACUUUUAAAAAUGUUGACAUACAUUCGUAUAUUCACUCAGGAUGAAUGCUAGUGAUAUUAUUGAACUCGUCGGCAACUACUGAAUUAUUUCUUAUUUUUCUUGUCGCUUUACGGUUGCAGUCAUUUAUUUGUGGCUCCUACCCGUUCUCAGUUUCAUUCCUCCCAUAAAAAAGAAGAAAAAAGUGGUAUUUGGCAUCCAUUCAGUAUCUGGGAGCCCACUGUAGGCCCUUUUACAAACCUGUAAAUUAGAACUCCUUUGUACAGUCCUAGACUAAAGCAACAGGCUAAUCAUCGGGGGUGUUGACUGGGAACUAGUGAAGAAUAAACAGGAAACACUAUGUCAUUACCGUCACUUUUGAUCCAAACCGGAAGACAUGACAGGGGUGAAUGAUGCCUUUGCGUGGUGCCUUGAAGAGCAUAGGCUCCUUUAUAGGCGAUACAAAAAUCAACUUUUUAAACAAAAAAGAAAGAGUCUUUCUUCUUCAAUGGCAGAAUCUUAAACAAUUCUGCUACCCCAUGAUGAAACUGCCGCCGAUGUGGAAUGUACCUCCCUUAAGAGCACAACUGUACUUCCUGUUAGCUUGAAGGAGGAAGCCUGCAUUUGUUUAUCUUCGACCCCCUACUAUGUGGCAAUUGUCUGACAACUUACCUGUUUAUUCGGAGCGGAGUGAAACUGUUCACAAGUGACCACAUUUUGCACCACUUACUAUAUAAUAAAGAAAUACCCAUUAGCACACAAUGAGGUUUAACUAUCUCAGAAUCGACGCUCUUCAUUGACACUUAUUGACCUUAACUCAGCAAGAUCUACUCGUUUUAAAUGCUGUAACUUUCAAGCUACAAUGUUGGUUUUCUGAGAUUGGCCAUAAAAAUCAAUUUUAUCCAAGGUGUCAUGUCUUGGUCCGAAGGCCUCGACAGCCUACUAAUAUUCAGGACAUUGUGUUGUGCCCAUGAUGGUGAAUACAGGGUAGUUGAAUGAAUGAAACCCAAGAUGAAAUGGCCUGGUGGUUUGUUUAGCCAUUAAGGCGGCCCAGUUUGGCAGCUUUCCUCAGGUAAUGUAGAAAUGGGAGGAGAGAUUUAAGAGCCUUGUCUCAAAUGUCAUUACUGAGAUGAACUCAUGGCUGCCAGCAUGUCUGUGUGUACCAUUUGAUUGAAUUAGGGCAGCCCCACGUGCAUUGCCCCCUACAAAUAGAGACUGGAACAAAAAAAAAGAAACCUCUUGUAGAAAUACAAGAGGUCCACAGAUGAGGCACUUGAGAGCGCCAAGCAAAGACUCACAGCUUUAGCUUUACAUGAGAGAGGUCGAGGCCAGGAGAGUAAACAUUAUGUUCUCUGAUAACUCAGCUAAGGUCUCCUAUGAGGCUGUGGAACACCACUCUGGGGGCCAGCUCAAAGCCAGUUGCACAGUGUUUUCAUUCCUUUUGCGAAGGUAUUGGACGGGUCCAUGUUUUACGAACAACAGAAAGAUCCUUCUUCAAACCUGACUUAAUUAUGUGGAACAACCUCCGUAAGCAUUUACCCUAUGUGUUUGAAAAACAAAUUGUCAAACCUGUCUCAAAUCCUCUAUGCAGAAUUAUUUGGAACACGAUGUAGAGAAGGUUUUUUUUUUUGUUUCAAAACUUUCAAAUUAAGAAAAUGACUCCACUAAUUAAUGACUUUUCACACGGCUUGCAUUUUGUUACCAAGUUGGGAAAUCUAAAAAAGGUGAAAUAAUCAAUAUAGAAAAUAUUUUAUUUUAAAACCAAAGAAAGAACAUUUUUGUAUUGAACUGCACUCAUUAAAAAAAAAAAUCAGGGCUACAGUAUUGGAAAAAUUCUAACAAUUGCAGGACAUAUUCAGUGUUAGCCUAGUCAGGUAAGGACCUUUUAAUGAGUAAACCAUUUGUUUUGCAAUCAUUGACAUGCAUACCAUAGCCAGUGAGUAGUUUUUGGUGUGGUCAAACAUGUAAAAAUAAAUCCUGAACACUUACGACUAUACAUGGAGCACAGCAAUCUGCUGCUCUAUUUUCCCACAGUCAGAAAGGGAUGCAAGGUUAAAGGGGAGGCAGGGGCGCCUGUCUUCCUUUUCCUGAUCCACAACAAAGCAUUUAAAGGCAAUAUGUGAAAAACAUCCUAGAAAAAACACAGUGGGUUUAAAACCAGGGGUCACCAAUCUUUUUAGAAACUGAAAACUACUUCUUGGGCAAUGAUUAAUGCAAAGAGAUGCCAGUUGUAUAUGCAUUUUGAAAAUAAAUUGGCUAAAAUGAUUCAGGGAUAAAUUAUCUCAUUGUACCUUUGGUCAUAUGCUACGAUACGGACCUUUGAACUACAUCGUGAUGCCUUGAGAUAUAAGCAAAAUACACAUUUUGGGAGAUAUGAGCUUUUUUUUUUUAGAUAUUUAUUGCUUUGAAAAGCAAGCACAAAUUAUAGAUGCAGGCAGUAAACACAACCAAACGACUCAUGUCACAACAAGCAGCGGUUUGGCAGUUCGAGAAUGACUUUCAAAAACACAACAUUGCCUGAAAAAAGGCUAUUUAAUGUGCAAAACAUGGACACAUACCACAAAACAAUACUAACGGGUCUAUAGUUCUUAUUUGUUGUGAAAAACGACCAAUAUUACUUCAGCUGACUGAGUCAUAAAACUCUUCUUCAUGUGUCGCUCUCCAUAAUCACACUGCCCCCAAGUGGCCAAGGAAGGCACAGCAGGGGGAACACCAAAAUGUCUACUGAAGUGUAAAAUGUAGCAAAAACCGUUUAAUUCUUCACAUUUUAUUGAAUUAUUUUGCUGUAUGUUUUCAUAAAAUACAGCACUUUGGCGUGUUAUUUAUCCUCAUUAAAACACAUUUUAAAUUUG